ACACACCGCAAUAAUGAAAUCAAGGCUCGUCAUCCACGGCAGCGGGGCGUUCGGCCGAAUCGGCGGCCGCAUCGCACUUCUGACCUUGGCUGCUGUUGGCUGCAUCCUGCUGAUUAACGUGACGCAUCCGCAGCAAGUCAUAGAAGCGCGGCAAAACAUGCAGCAGCAGGACCAGCCGGUGACGGCAUCAUCUUCUGAGGGCCUAUACAGAGGACAGCCAAUCAGCCAGCUCUGGGCACGCAAUCUUCCCGAGCAGGCUUGGCUCCCCGACCCCCAGUGUCGCCACUUUGUCACCAAGUUCGCCCGGGACAAUUGCCUGGAAGUGGUACGUCUAGCGUCCUUCCCGAGGUCCGGCAACACCUGGACCCGCUUCAUGCUGGAGACGGCUACCGGCCUGUACACCAGCUCUGGAGGACCUAACUACAUCAAGUAUGUCAAGGGCGAAAGCUUACGACGUUCAGACGAAGAGAUAUGGAGCCACGUCAAGAGUCAAAAGAGGGCUGAACUAGCCCACCUUGGCUUCAUUGGCGAGACAAGCCUCUGGACGCAGGGCACCACAAUAGCGAUGAAGACUCACAACUUUCCCGAGCCAUGGAAUGCCACAGAAGCCGAGAUAGACGGAUACAACUGGGCAACGUUUGCUGCCAACACCACGCGACGAGCCAUUCUGGUUGUUCGAGACCCCUUCAAAGCACUCAUAUCGCUAAAUAUUUACAGCAAAACGCAAUCCGUCCUCAACAACGAUAACGAUUGGCAAAAACUGUUUCAGGGAGACGAGUGGAUUGACUUCGCGGCGUAUCACGCAAACCAUUGGUACAAACUGAACCGUCAGUGGGUAGAGAGAACGAAUAUGACGCAUGUGGUGAUAUAUGAGCACCUGACGACAAAUACCAUGCGGGAACUACAAGGCAUGCUUCAGUUUCUGGAUGUUCAGCCCGAUCCGGAUCGUAUGGAGUGCGUGCGUCGUCACUUGGAGGGACGAGCUCACAACAAGAAACACGACAUAGUGCCCAAUCAUACAGUGUAUCCCCUACACCUGCGUGGAUUGGUGUGGAGCUAUAUCCACCAGCUAAACUGGGUGCUGAAAACCAGGGGUUAUAAGCCGCUGCCUCUGGACCUCUAUACGUUUGCCGAUGAGUUCAGAGACAUUGGCUUGUGAUAGCAGGACGACACUGCUGAAUGUGAAUUACUGUAUCACGAAACUGUGCUCAGAUUAUAACAAUGUUCGCAUGGAUGCAUGCAUGCAUUACCCGAACUCCUUGCCUUGGGAAAUGUCAAAGCAAGCACAAACAUCGUGUGAAUAAUAACUUGCAACGGGUACGGUAAGAAGACUCUCAGAAUGCAGCGAGUUUUCAGCGAAGUUCACUGCUACGGCAAAACAGCAGGCUCACAGGCUUCGCACGGUGCGUUUUCUAUUCACUAAACAGGCUGACAAUACCAAAAUAUUGCAGAUGCAUUGACAAUUGGCAGUGGCGAAAUUACGAAGACCUGGCAGUUACAGUAGUAGCAAGUGCAAUUUUCUGGAGCUCUUAGAAUGCGUUACAGCACUUCAACCGCACUGUAAAAACGGAGACUAUGAUUUGUACGUUCCUGGUUGUCGGCACAUCACAACCGGUUGUCGUCAGGCAUCCCGACAGCCAUAAUUUCGAGUCAGCAAGCAUUCCCAAGCAUGGUGUUGUGUGCGCCCCGGAAUCAUGCAAACACAAGUCAUCCAUACACGCUCCAUCGCUAGAAAAGCAAGUCCGCACGAGUUUGCAGUUUCAAUUUGUUUGGCUUGGGCACGACAAAUAAUGUUUUGGACUUCUACAUUCGUGUUACAAAUUGCAUGCUUUACUUCAUUACUCCAGCUAAAUCUUUCCAGGAUUUCAUUUGCAUACUUCAACUAAAAAGAAGAAAAAAGAACAUGACGAGGUACUGAACGGCUUUUUGAUACAAAUGACGCAAGCGUACAAAAGCAACACCUCUGUUUUCUUUGCUGUGUGGACACCAUGAGUGGUUAAUGUGUAUAUCAAAUACUAACCUCUGAUUAUUGGGUGACCAGAUGUAUGGACACGGAGUGAAUAAGCUGCUCUGCCUUGACCAUUCCAAAAUAUUUAGAAAAAAUCAGCUAUGAUAUGUUGAGCAGCACCUUGUAAAUACCUCGCAAAGCUUUCUUCGCCAUUCCCGGCCUGUACUCCCCUGGCUCAAGGACAGUGAUAAUCAUCCAGCACAAUUUGUAAUCUGCUCAGCCAUACUUUUGAAGUGUGUAGGCCAGCCAAAAUCGACAAAAUAGCAAAACAAGCACAUUCAUUACGUUCAUGUCUUGUGAUGGUAAGAGCACAACGGUAUAUGAGGCCAGGUAGCGCUGCUAUGGUAACAAUCUAAUUACACGCAUUCAUAUGGCAGAGACAUCAAGGCCAAUACACUAUAUGCGGUGUCAAUGAGCAGCCAACAUUCAGAGCAUUUACAGCGGGGGUCAACGUCACGAAAGACAUGGUGCUAUUGGACGUGUUUUAGCAUUCUAUGUACCCUGGAGAAAGGACAAGUUGUGUGCCAUUGCAGAAGUGUUGCUUCAUGUGAACUGGUGGUUGUGCGAGUUCGUUUCAACGUGCCAUGCUGGGGUUUUCAGCGUCACAAUAUACGAAUGGGUGCACGCUCAACGACUCUAAGCACGAUGCGGUACACUUGGCACAUGCUAAAUAUCGCGCCCAUCACAGAGAGCGGCCACCAAUGGCGGGGCGGCACUCAGCUUACAGAGCAGGUAGUGCUGAUGUACUUACAGAGCAGGUAGUGCUGUUGUACUUAUAGAGCAG